CUGCUCGAACAGUUGCGGUGAUCUCGUUGCACGGAUCGGUCGAUCGACGAAGCUGUCGCUCGCCUAUGGAUCCCCGAAUCGAAAGAAUCCUGCCGUUUGGCAUCGUUCGGUCAAAUCCGAGGAAGAGGCCGCGAGGAUUCCGCGAGGAUUCCGCGAGAAUUCAGCGGGAAGAAUUGCAAAUUGUUGCUCGGUAUGGGGCACGGUACGGAGAGAAGGGACUCGUCGACUCCAGGCAGCGAGAGUCUGACGUAACGAAGCGUUACAUCCUCUACCCCCAUCACACGUGUACCUUCUCCUGAAAGGAGCACCGUGGGGCCCCUACCGUUCUGGCCGGGCCCAGAGCCAUCCUCCCAGAGACCGUUUUCCCCGGUGGGCAUCCUCUUCUCGGCCGAGGCGAGACGUUCUCGACGCCAGUCGCCUGCAAGAGUCCCUUCGCGAAGGUAUCGAACACGCGCGGCGUUACGUGGUGGCAUUAUCAUCGAUCCGUAUCCUAAGGACUAACCGGACCGGACCGGACCAACGAAGCCCCGUACCGAGAUACUUCGAGGAACCGCUAGACGAUGGACGCCAUAGGACGACGUUUCAUCCUGAUCUCGGUGCCGAUGAUCGUGCUAGGUGCUUGCGCUCUCGGGCUCCAGCGGCCACCGCCCAGAUACUCCCAGCAAUACAUGCCGGAAACAUCGUUCACCUGUCGCAACAAGAUCGUAGGAAGCUACUACGCUGACCCUGAGACCGACUGCCAGGUGUUUCAUGUCUGCGUGUCCGUCGCAGGCACCGUCCAGGACUACAAGUUCCUCUGCCCGAACGACACGGCGUUCGACCAGGAAAGCCAGACCUGCGCGGACUGGUACGACGUGGACUGCGAGGCUGCCACCCUUUACUACGCGAGCGACAACUUCGACCUCUACAGAAUCGGUUCCGGUCUGGAGUCGCCUCGUUACGACAAUUAUCGAAGCGACGCGGAGCCUCAGGACCAUUUGCAGCGCAGCGAGACCAGCGAUCCUGUCCGUUCUUCGGCCAACAAUCUGAACAGGGUAUCAUCCUCCGGCAAUUAUAACGGCAACGGCAAUCGGGGAGACUUGCGGGGCAGCAGCACCGGCAGCUUCUACAACAACAGAAACGGAGGCAAGGAGGAGGACUACGAGAACGAGAAGAACUAUAAAGAAGAGGACGGGGCCAGAAAAACGCAAAAACCGGGAGUAAGGAAGGUCAGCAGGAAGCAGCAGUUCAACGACAAUGCCAAAUACGCCUCCAGUACGGCUGUCCCUGCGCCCGUAUCCGUUCCUUCGCCCGUUUCACCGGCUGUAGCCAAUCAGAACACCUACACCGGGUUCUACAGCGGAAACAACUAUAAUCAACGGGUCACCGGAUACGUGCCCACGACCAGCGCCAGGCCGCAAGAGAACGGCAACAGGAACCAGGCCCAGAACACGCAGAGAUACAAUUCGGCGCCCUCCUCGACCUACAGACCCAACUAUCAGGACAGCUACAGCUACCAGUCGACCAGCACCACCGCAAAGACCACCGUCUAUAACGCGUACGGCAACGUUAAUCAGAAUUACAACCAGAACUACAAUCAGAAUGCUGGCAGCUUCGGUCAGAGUACCACCGCGAAGCCAACCGGCUACAACAAGAAUUACCAGAGCUACGGCAACGGCGGCCAAUACGCCCAACAACCCACCACCGUCCAGCCGAGCACCAGCUACCAGGCCAACGACUACAACACCAACUACCAGAGAAGUUACAACAACAUUCAACGGACGCCCGGAAAUAGCUACCAAUCCUCCACGCCCGUACCAACGGUUUACGAUAACUACAACGGCAACAACAACAACAACAACAACAACAACGGUCAGUACAGAAGCAGCAGCACCAGGCAGGACGUCUCCCAGGCUACCGCGAAAUACUUCCCCAGUUAUGCCACCGGUAGCUUCGCGCCCACCACCUAUAGUCCAGCUACCAACAAAUUCGUCUCCAACGAUGGUGCGAGUCAGGGUGCCACGAGGACCCACGAUAAUGGCCAGUACUACGACAAGAGCAGCAGUCAGCCGGCCAAGAGCUCGUCGCAAUAUUACGAGAGCACCAAGGCCCCCAAAAAAGCCACCCAGUAUAACAAUUACGACUCAACGAACGGCAAAUACUAUACCGAGACCAGCACCGGCAACUACGACAUAGCAAGGUCUUCUGUGGGCAUCGGUUUCAGUCCUGCGAGCAUCAACCAUCUGGCCGAGACUCCUAGAUCCACCACUCCGGUACCAAGGAGAGCGUCUUCGGUAACCACCUACAAUCCCAACAACCUUAACAACCCGAACAACACGCAAAGACCUCCGGUAAGUUCUACCACAGCCAGAAGCAGCAGUUACGUUAGUGGAUCGGCAAGGCCUUUCUCGUCGACGACCAGACUUCCUCCGUCCACUACACCGAGACCAAAGUCUGGCAAGAAAUCUGAUUACGAUUACGCCUAUUACGACAACACGGCGGGUCUUGAAUACGACAGCCUCGAUCUGGAGCACGUCACCGGAAACAAAGAAUCCACGAAGAUCGCGAGGAAUUAAUCGAUUUCAACACGAAUCGACGAUUGACGGAUCACGGAUCAUAGAUUACAUAAAUACAUACAUACAUACAUACAUACAUACAUACAUACAUACAUGCAUACAUACGUACAUACAUACCAGCGCGAUUGGAUAUCCCUCUGACGGAAAACGGACAAAUCAUGUACUACCCCUUCUAGAAUUUUUCUUUUCUUUUUGAUGUGUUGUUUUUCUAAUUAUCGGUGAACAACAAUGGCCGUAUCGUAUCAAAAUCGGCUUUCAACGAUGUAGCAUCGGCAAAAUUACACGCGAACCGAAGAUUAAUUGUUUGCGCGCAUAUAAUCUGUCUGUACGUGUAUGUAGUCUUAAAACAUCCUUCAAAUCCUUCAUUUUCUGCAUUUGCUCUCGGCAAUUUUGUGGAAUCUUUUUGAAGAAAUUUUUCUCGACUCAUCCGCGGUUCGAAUCGUAUGCGUGUACUUUCUAUACAGUAUUGUAGGAUAAUCAACUGCUACGAAUAAGGCGAGACAAGCACACGACAUACCGCCAUCGGUUGCAAAACCCCAUAUGUUUUGUACAUACAUGUACAUACAUACAUAUAUACGUUUGUAACGCAAGAGGUGUUCCAGUUUACGACUCCGCGUCCGGAAAUCAUGCGAACAGACAUCGAGUGUAUUGUAGUGUAUAUAUUAUAAGUAUUUUCAUUGAUUAAAAAAGUACUUGAAAAUCUACCGACCGAUAAGUUCAAUUCAUUUAUACGCCGAGUCCUAGGCAAAACUGCAAAUUGUUUUAUGAACCAUCUUUUUCCCAUUGACAUUGUGAGAUUUCAGUAUUAAACGUAGAGUUUAGCGACUUGAGAUAGACAACUCUAUUCCAUUCAGCGAUUCUUAUCUUGUCAGAGCAGAGAUGCUAUAACCAGCGGGUGGUGUCCCAUUUAUGAUAUAUGAUAUAUAUAUAUCCCCCCUCCAUCACUCUGCAGCACGUUCCGGCCUACCACUGGCUAACUACUCAUUGUGUACAUACAUACAUACAUACAUACAUACAUACAUACAUGCAUACAUACGUACAUACAUACCAGCGCGAUUGGAUAUCCCUCUGACGGAAAACGGACAAAUCAUGUACUACCCCUUCUAGAAUUUUUCUUUUCUUUUUGAUGUGUUGUUUUUCUAAUUAUCGGUGAACAACAAUGGCCGUAUCGUAUCAAAAUCGGCUUUCAACGAUGUAGCAUCGGCAAAAUUACACGCGAACCGAAGAUUAAUUGUUUGCGCGCAUAUAAUCUGUCUGUACGUGUAUGUAGUCUUAAAACAUCCUUCAAAUCCUUCAUUUUCUGCAUUUGCUCUCGGCAAUUUUGUGGAAUCUUUUUGAAGAAAUUUUUCUCGACUCAUCCGCGGUUCGAAUCGUAUGCGUGUACUUUCUAUACAGUAUUGUAGGAUAAUCAACUGCUACGAAUAAGGCGAGACAAGCACACGACAUACCGCCAUCGGUUGCAAAACCCCAUAUGUUUUGUACAUACAUGUACAUACAUACAUAUAUACGUUUGUAACGCAAGAGGUGUUCCAGUUUACGACUCCGCGUCCGGAAAUCAUGCGAACAGACAUCGAGUGUAUUGUAGUGUAUAUAUUAUAAGUAUUUUCAUUGAUUAAAAAAGUACUUGAAAAUCUA